GACCCGAAAUAGACCCAGCAGCACUCGACCCCUGGUAGCGGCCCCCGACCCAGUCGGCCUGGAUGUUCGCGAGCCGCAACACUACCCCCAACGAAGGUCAACAUGUCCUGGCUCUUAAGUGGUCGUGAUCGGGCUCAAGAGGCUGAAGUCCGGCACUGGAUCGAGGCGGUGACCGGCGAGAGGUGGCCACAGGGCGCCGACUACGCCGAGUACAUCAGAGACGGAGUGGUCCUCUGCAAGCUGAUGAAUAAACUCUCCCCUGGCUCCAUCAAGAAGAUAAAUACGGCUGGCUCUUCAUUCAACCACAUGGACAACAUCCACAGCUUCCUGGACGCCAUGAAGGCAUACGGCUGCGCGGACGUGGACCUGUUCGAGGGCUCCGACCUGCUGAAGAAAGGGAAGAUCGAGUCGGCGACUCGGGCAGUGCUGGCCGUCGCCAGGCAGGCCCACCUGGACCCGGCGUUCCGGGGGCCGCUGAUGGGACCCCGGCCGUCGCAGCAGAACGUGCGACACUUCGACCAAGAGACCAUCGCCGCCGGCAACACCGUCAUCGGCAUGCAGGCCGGCUCCAACAAGGGCGCCUCGCAGGCCGGCCAGAGCUUCGGCAAGCCCCGCAGGAUCAUCAUCGGAAAAUAGCUGGACUAGCCGGCACUCUGUCCUGGGACAACCGCCGCUCUGUCAGAAGGCUCUGGCAGCAGUUGGCCCCAAACCCAAAUUACGGCCGCGCGCUAUAUUACUCCAUGCACCGCUACAACAAUGAAUGCCGCUUCACGAGGGUAAGCUCAGAGUAUGUCUCCGCUCUUCGCCCUCAGUCACGCUCAGUAUCGUACACGAUGCCGCAAUAUUUGAGUAUGAAAUAACCAUUUUAAAGAAAUGUUAUGCAUUACUCACGUUGCUGAUGCAAAGUCUAUAAAUGACACUAAUAAAAUGGGAACUCCUCGUUAGCCGUCUUUGUAGGUGCU